ACCAAGGGGGGGAAAAAAGCUUCAUCUGUUCAUCAAUGGCGGUCAAAGGUUCUACUUACUGUCCUAAUAUGUAGUAGGAAAGAGUAUUUUGUUAGUACAAAAUUGUUAUGUUUCUAAAUCAGAAAAAUACAGAGUUGAAAACCAGACAAGCCCCAAGUCUUUUGGCACGUAAAACUCCUUGAUGUCAUGUAAGCAAAAUCCAAACUGUGUGUCAGUUUUCUCUCGACGAUAGCUCCUAUGAUAAAAUAAUUCAAUACAUCUUUACCAAUAACUACAAAAUCCUCUUUGAUAUGUUCAAUACCAGUUUCAGAAUCUUGUCCUCUACCAAUCACUUCCCCUUGGACAUGUCCGUCAAUAUAACUGGUAUAAAAUCAUUCAAUCCCCAGUCCCCUCUUCCAGCUCCAGAGAAAGAAAGAGGGGGAAGAAGAAACAACAAUGGCUUCUCUCAGUUUUACAGUCUCUUUUCCUGUAAAUCUCAAGUCUUGUUAUGAUGGGAGUGAGAACCAGCAGGAUAUGAAGACAAAAGGGUUUAAAAGCUUGAACUUGAAUGGGAGUUUUACCAGGUCUAGUAAGGUGAAUACACUGAGUCAAUCAACUGGGUUUGACUCGGUUUCUUCUGUAACUGGAAAUGGGUAUAUCUCAAAGGAGCAGACCCGGCAAAAUAUUCCAACAAAAAAGCAACUUGUUGAUCCAUAUCGACAAGGGUUGAUUGUUGAAGGAGGAGUUGCCUAUAGACAGACACUUGUCAUUCGGUCAUAUGAAGUUGGUCCUGAUAAAACUGUAACUCUUGAGAGCAUCCUCAAUCUUUUUCAGGAAACAGCGUUAAACCAUGUUUGGAUGUCUGGACUUCUAAGCAAUGGAUUUGGAGCUACCCACGGAAUGAAGAGGAACAAUCUCAUCUGGGUUGUCACAAGAAUGAAUGUUGAAAUCGAUAGUUACCCGAUAUGGGGAGAGAGAGUGGAAAUUGACACAUGGGUAGGCGAGUCAGGAAAAAAUGGAAUGCGCAGAGAUUGGCUUGUUAGAAGUCAAGCCACAGGUCACAUUUUCACCCGAGCAACCAGCACUUGGGUGAUGAUGAACCAACAAACCAGGCGUCUCUCAAAGAUGCCCGAAGAGGUUAGGGCUGAGGUUUCGCCAUGGUUUAUUAAGAAGCAAGCAAUCAAAGAAGAUAGUCCAGAGAAAAUUCUGAAAUUGGAUGAUCAAGCAAAAUAUGUCAGCUCUAACUUGAGGCCCAAGAGGAGCGAUUUGGAUAUGAACCACCAUGUAAACAAUGUCAAAUAUGUAAGAUGGAUGCUUGAGACCAUACCUGACCAAUUUUUGGAGUCUCACGAGCUCUCAAGUAUUGUAUUAGAAUACAGAAGAGAAUGCCGGAGUUCAGACAUAGUUCAAUCUCUCUGUCAACCAGAGGAAGAAGGAAUUCUAGUGGCAAACACCAUGCAACAAAACAAUGACAUGAAACUUCUCAACGGGUUAACUACAUUGGCAUCUGAAAUAAUACAAGGCAACGGACUUCUGGCUUCUCUAGACAAGCGGCCUUUAAGGUAUACACAUCUCUUGCAAAUCAAGGGAGAGAAAGAAAACGAACACGCAGAAAUCGUUAGAGGCCGGACAACAUGGAAAAAGAAGCCUAUAUAGAAUACAGUAGCUAAGGUUGAAAAUGGUUACUCAUACACUUUUUUUAGUAAUCAAGAAGGGCUUGAAGCUGAUCCCUCUUUCGACAUCAGUGAGUACAUAAGUUAAGAUUAAUGGCCCUGACAAUAAGUAGAAAGGGGCAAAA